AUCACUCACACACACACGACACAGGUUGUGAGUUGUGACAUGAAAAAAGUUAAAAAAAAAUAAAAAUAAAAAUCAAACCCUUUUUUAUUUUGUGAUUUUCUUUACUCCUUCAUGGCUUUGAAAGCAACGACCCUUUUCUUACAACCUCAUCACUCAUACUUGUUGUUUUCCUCUUUUGUGUGAAUUCGAGUGAUACAUAUGGAGGAGGGGCAGUAUCGUAAUUUGGCAGCAAAGUCGUCGCCGGAGAUAGUAGAGAUUGCGGAGGAGAGUAAUAGCACAGCCGCCAGCAGAGAUGGUGGUGAUGUAUAUGUUGCUGUUGGUAAGCACGAUUUGCACGUGCUCAGAUGGGCUCUCGAUCAUGUCGUCUCGCCAGAGAGUCGUGUUUUUCUCGUCCACGUUUUCUCUCCGAUCACCUACGUCCCCACGCCAGUUGGGAGGCUAUCAAGAAGCCAGCUUAGCAAAGAUCAGCUGCAGGUUUAUAUAAGGGAGGAAAGCAACAAGAGGAAACACCUCUUGGACAAGUACAUUCAACUCUGCAACGACUCCAAGAUAAGUGUAGACACAAUGCUAGUAGAGAGCAAUGCAUCAGGCAAGGCCAUUUUGGAACUCAUUGGUGUUGCUAACAUCACUCAUCUUGUGAUGGGAACUAAACAAUCACCCUUCUCAAGGUUAUCGAGGAAGGGUGUAGGGAAGGGCGAAUAUGUCAAGAAAUAUGCACCUGAAUAUUGUGAAGUUAGUGUGGUAUAUGAUGAUGCCAAAAAGAUGAAGGAUGAGCAACCACAAAUUAGAGACGACUCCAAGAAUGCAUCUCAUCAAACACAACAAGUAACCAAGAAUUCUCAAAGGCACUUCUUUGAGUGUGUGUGCUUUUCAGGCAAAUUCGAUUGACAAAAGUUCCAUAAUUUGAAUUUUUCAAGAUUUUGUCCA